AUGUCUGCUAAACCAGUGGUGGAACCGAUAGCGAUUCGUACUUUCAUCACGGGAUUGAAGGAUCAAACUGCAGCUUUUCUGGUAAAAGCCAGAAACCCUAAAACACUCAAUGCAGCCAUCUCCGAUGCGCUGGAAGUGCAGCUACAGGCCGUACCGGAAACCGCACUGUGGGCCCAAGUAUACCCUGGAGCAUCCAAGUGUUGCCAUGGCCACCCGCCCCCACAAUACCAAGGCCAACGAGGACAUCGCCAUCCAUGGCAUAACCCUAGAGGUGUGUCGCAUGCACAACAGCGAAAACCUCCUGCACAGCUACCGGCUAACUCCAUGAAGUAUCAAGCGCCUAAGCAUGAAGGCUUAAGAUACCACCAUCCAAACCAUCAUAGUUACCGGAACUAUAGCAACAACCGGCCCUACCAGGGUUACAACAACCCAGGUCUAAGACAAAGCAGAGAAAACCAGAGAAGAUUCGAAGAGUCGAGAGAUAGACUCACACCGCAUAGACAGUUGGUCUUAAUUCAACAAGAGGCCGAGCGAAAUCAGCUAGCCGAAUGCGACGCGAAAAUUAAGCUCAAAUGCAACAAGGAGCAGCACCGGAUGGAGGCGAAUUUUCAUAAACAAGCUGUCGAUGAAGCGCGUCGUAGCAACGAGGAAGAAAACAAGCAUCGCGAGGAAGAGGCUCGCCAGAAGUUUGAGAAAGAAGAAGCAGAAGGUCAACUAUUCGAAAUGAUUGAACCACUAUAUCAUGUUGAUAACGAAGAUAGUGCAGAAAGCCAGUUGCACCGAAAAAGUGAACGCGAAAAAGCAGUAGCAGCAGCACGAGAACGAUCGGCCAUACCGCCGACUUCAAAGAAUAAAAAAAGAAGGAAAAAGAACAGAACAAGCACGUUGGACACCUAUGACAAAGGUGAGGCAAGCCAUGCCGAUUCCGAUAACUCGGAUUGCGUACGGAGAAAAUUAAGCACAGCAGCAGCGAAAAGGCGUGCAGCGGCCACUCAUAGUGACGAAUUGGUGAUAGUGAAUCACGAGGCAGAACCAGCAGUGAUACCCGCUUUUGCGAAAGAAGAGAAGGCCGAAACCAUUGAGCGCAUUAACAGACGACGACACGAUCGGACAGAAGCAACCGGUGUCCUCACGACAGUGUACGCCAUCAAGGAGAGCGGUAAUCCAAACCAAGUAGUUGAAGCAGGCCCCGAUCGACGAUCGGAGCAGCCGGAGAAAGUGGACAUCGACUCGUUUCUACUGUGUCUCGCAAACUUCCGGCCGCCGCAGAAGCAGCUACAGCAACAACUGUUGCAGACGUACAAUACAGACGAAAAGGAGCGCAGUGAGUACAAUCACCUGGAUUAUGACGCAUUGAGACCGUCCGACGGGAGAUGGGUACCACCAGCAGCUUAA